UCAUAACUACUAAAGUAGUUAUGAAUGACCUCAGGGCCACUCUACAUUUAGGGACGGUAGACGUGUUGCAUAACUCCACACAAAGCUCCUGCUGGAAGGCUCCUGCUUUAUCAAUACAUCUGAAAACUUGGAAGGAAGACCACUGAAAUAAAGAACUCUUGAACAUGCGUACUGGUUUAAACCCAUUUUGAACAACUAAAGCUCUCCUUUGAUCCCAAAUUCUGUUUCCUUUGCAGUUUUUACAGAAAGCUGAUUGUGGGUCAGACAUCAGGCUGCUGACAUGAAGCCAGAUAACGUGCUGCUGUGUGUUUCAGGGAAUCAUGUGGAGGUUGGUCCUGACCGUCAGUCUGCUCUGCUGGAGCUCUGAGGGCCAAGUGACCUGCAGAGAUAACCAAGAUAAGGCGGUGGACUGGUUCAUUUUAUACAAGGAACCCAAACUGAAAACUGGUCUGGAGUACCUUUACAUUGAUUCAGCAACAAAAUGGCCUCCACCUGUCUAUGAGAACAUCAAGGAUCCGAAAGGCGUCCUGGCAAACACCCUGCGGCCCUUCUUUAAACUAAUCAGAUCAAUGGACCCAAAGUUUGGAUUCAUCAGCUACAGCGACCAGCCUCCAGGAUGUAGUGCUAAAUCUGACUUUGGCCACAGUAAAGGAGUUGUGAUGGUGGAGAAAGACCAAACAGGAGUCUGGCUGCUGCACAGCACACCACAGUUCCCUUUCAGAAGAAACAAAAACAAGUUCUGGCCAGACAGCGGAGAAACAAAUGCUCAGAUGUUUAUCUGUGUAACGUUCCCCUACAACGAGUUCAGUAAAAUAGGUAAACACCUGCAGUCCAUCGGAGCUUUCCCAUUUGAACAUGAUAUUCCAGACAGCUUUCAUCAAGAACUUCAGGACGCUGCAAACUGGGUCCAAAGUGAUACUCCACUAAAUAGGCCUACGUUCCAGGAGCUGAAAUCAAGUGGACACCAGAUUUUUCGCAGCUUUGCUAAGCGACAGUCAGAAAAGCCAGAAGUUGGAGAUCUUUACUACACUAUUGCAAAAGAACUCAGCAGUGAUGUUUAUGUCCAAUACUGGAACUGCAGGGAAGAUGAUUCCUAUUGUGGAACUGACAUUAAAGUGUCAAAUGUUGUAACUAAAAACACUCCUCUGGGUACCUGGGACACAAGUGAUCAUUCAAAGUGGUGUGUAGCCAAAGAUCAAAACAAACAUUGGAGCUGUGUUGCUGAUAUGAACAGGGCGGUAACUCAGUACAAGCGGCGUGGGGGGGCGCUGUGCAUUGUGCAGAAUGAACAAGUUCAGCAAAUAUUUCUAAAGUUUGUUGGGAACAGUGAGGACUGUCCCCCUAAAAAGAAGAGGAAAACCAAUGACUGCAGGUCAGACAUGAGUUAACUGAUUUAUCUUUUUUAAAACAGCUAAAUCCUGCUUUACUGAAUCUAUGGGCAAAUCAAAUCAAACAGAGUGGAAUGAAAUGAAGGAUCACCCUGAUAUAACAUGAUAUAUGAAGGGGAGGGAGAGAGGUGGUGGUGGGGGGGUGCUGUCAGAGUGUUUCUGCUUCUUUCUUAUUGUAAUUCUUGAUUUCAAAUAAACAGCUGCGGAGAGCA